UGGAUUUAAUGGAUUAUUUAUCGUUUGGGGGCAGGGCACAUCCGGGCAGCUAAACCCCACGAGGGCCUAGCUAGUGCACGAGACCAGGAAGAUUCUUGAAUCCCUACCCCUACCGGACUGGCUGCCUCCUCCUGUUGUGGCACACGAAGGAAGCCAGGGGCAGAGGCUCUUGUGACCGUCACCCCUGCCUGCCUCCACGUCCUGGGUAACAUGAAGCCCGCAGCCCUCAAUGGUCUCCGUGUGCUCUGCCUGCGUCCUCUACUGUGUCCGCUUUACCUCCUCCUACUCCUGCUGCUGCAGCCGGUAGUCCGCACCCAGACCUCGCGGGACACCUCCAGCACCCAGACUUCGUUUGGCACCCCCAGUGCUCCCACCACUGGAGGCACUCCUGUCUCUCCAACCACACAUGGCCUACAAGGUCGUGCGAGGGACUUGAUGCGUGACUUCCCGCUAGUGGACGGGUGCGUUGCUGUGGAGGGGGAUGUCCUUGCUCCUGGGCAGGGAAGCCACAACAACCUGCCUCGGGUCCUGAAGCAGCGUUUCCAGAAUAGGCUGCAGGAUGUGAAUCUGCGCAAUUUCAGCCACAGCCAGACCAGCCUGGACAGGUUUAGGGAUGGCCUCGUGGGUGCCCAGUUUUGGUCGGCCUCUGUCCCAUGCAACACCCAAGACCAGGAUGCUGUGCGCCUCACCCUGGAGCAGAUCGACCUCAUCCGCCGCAUGUGUGCCUCCUAUUCUGAGCUGGAGCUGGUGACCUCAGCUGAAGGUCUGAAUAGCACUCAAAAGCUGGCUUGCCUCAUUGGUGUGGAGGGUGGUCACUCACUAGACAGCAGCCUCUCUGUCCUGCGCAGUUUCUAUCUGCUGGGAGUGCGCUACUUGGCUCUCACCUUCAUCUGCAGCACACCCUGGGCAGAGAGUUCCACCAAAUUAAUAUAUGAUUCCUACACCAAUGUCAGUGGAUUGACAAGCUUUGGCGAGAAAGUGGUACAGGAAAUGAACCGCCUAGGCUUAAUGAUAGAUUUGUCCCAUGCCUCGGACAACUUAGUGAAGCAGACCCUGAAUGUGUCUCGGGCUCCUGUGAUCUUCUCCCACUCAGCUGCCAGGGGUGUGUGUGACACUUACCUGAAUGUUCCUGAUGAUAUCCUGUGGCUUCUGAAGAAGAAUGGUGGCAUCGUGAUGGUGACUCUGGCCAUGGGGGUACUACACUGCAACCUGUUUGCUAACGUGUCCACUGUGGCAGAUCACUUUGACCACAUCAGAGCAGUCAUCGGAUCAGAGUUCAUUGGCAUUGGUGGAAAUUAUGACGCAUCUGGCCGGUUCCCUGAGGGGCUGGAGGAUGUGUCCACAUACCCCGUGCUGAUAGAGGAGCUGCUGAGUCGGGGCUGGAGUGAGGAAGAGCUUCAUGGUGUGCUUCGAGGAAACCUGCUGCGGGUCUUCAGGCGAGUGGAGCAGGUGAGAGAGGAAAGCAGUGGCCUGAACCCUGUGGAAGCUGAGUUUCCAGACAGGCAGCCUAGGAAGUCCUGCCACUCCCACCUCCUGCCUCUGCCUCAGAAUAAACCCCAGGGGGUGACCCAACCAACCAAUCAGGUCUUCAGGAGCCCCUCAAAAAGCUCCCCAUGUGCUGUUCCAGGCCCCCUGGCUGCUGCCACGCUCCUCAUCCUUUGUUUCUGGUGACCUGGUCAGUCCCCAAAGUGGCCACCAUGGCAAAGUUUCACAAAGUCCCCCUUCUGUUGGCCCAGGCCCCAGCAUACGGUGAGAAUAAAUAUUUGAGACAUG